CCGCCACGGAGACUUCCUCUCUCUUCCUCGCUGUCUCACCGUCUCUCUCCCUCUAGGAUCUUAGAUCUCACUGUGCCUCUGCUGAUUCCGAUCUCUCCCUUGAAGAAAAGCAGCGGGAGUCUCUCGGAAGGUAAUUUGAUUGAUAUUGAUUCAUGGGUCAUAUGUCGAUCACGAUCCGACUCGAGGUGCUGACAGAUCGGGUUUUUCGCGGAAGCACGCAUUUCCGUCACUGCGCGCCGCGGUUCAAUUUCAACCCGACCCGGUUGGUUAAGUUGGUCUACAAGCCUUAUUUACCCACGUUAAUACUAAUCAUCCACCAAUCUAAACACCGAACGACAUCCCAACAAGACGUGGAUUGAACUGAAACGAUCCAUUCUUCUGUGCUCGGACGAAACCCCUAAAUUCCUCGUGUGAGUUUAGGGCUUCGUCUCUCCCCGAUCUUCCUGCAUUCUCCCCUCAGUUUGCACUCGCUCUUUGCCGUCAUCUUUGAUUUCAGUUGUUUAGACGUGAGUUAUCGCCCGAUUGAUCGUUUGAUCUCCCGUUUGUAGUCAGGUUAUUCUUUCCCUUUUCUUGAAUUUAUUGUAUUUUUUUCUCUUCGGUUAAAUUGGGUGUGUUGUUUGAUGAGUUCCAUAGUGAUUACUAAUUUCAUGUUGCCGUUCUCCUUUUCGAUCUAGGCGAAGAGUCGCAAAUGUUUGUUUCUAGGUUUCUCCCCAGUUCCUUUUGAUUGUAAUAGCUAUUCGUUUCGAGGAGGAAAGCUGUUUCGACCGAUGCAGUGCUAUUACGUUUGUAGUCUGCUAAUUUGUUGAAAUAUGUAAACAACUGCAGAUAUUUUUACUCGCGCUUUUGCAUAUUUUGAGUGUCAGACGGAUCGCUCUGUUGCUGUACAUGCUUAUUUCUCUGUGUUUUUUCUUUUCCUUUAUCGACAAAUGCAUUUAUUUUUCAUUUCUGUGAUUUUUAUUGAGUUCAUCAUAUAAGUUCUUUAUUCAUCCAAAAAGUUGGGCUAUUAAACUUGUAUGUUAUUCUGAUGUCAGAUAAUUACUAUCUUCAGACCCAACUCUAGCCAUACAUAAUUAGCUUAUCUGGGUAAGGUGAGCGCUUUGCUGGUUCUCUAAGCUGGUUUGUAUUUAAUCUGCAGAAUUUAUUUUCUAAGUUGAUUCUUGUUCGUGCUCCAUAUUUGCCAUUUGGUCAAGUUGAUUAUCUUUGGAUUUAGGACCAAAACAUUAAGAACUAAGCAAGUCAUUUCUGUUUAUGUUCUCUCAUAUGCAGUAUAUUCCAGAUAUCCCAUAGUUUCGAAAAUGAAUACAGUGGCAAUGCUGCUUAACUUCAGUGAUGAGGAAGAUGUUUAACAAUGUAACUCACCCCUUUGACAACAUUUCCAUUAAGAUUAGAGCUUAUUGUGAUGUUAGCAGCACAAUAUGAUUGCAAUAUUAUUUACUUGAGCACAUCCUUAUUUUAGUCCAAGAUUUUGUCAUUUCAGCGAUCGGGAUUGGAUGAAAUAGGAGUAUCAGCAGCCUGUAGCCAGGACAGGAUGCACAUUGAGAAAUUGGAAGGGGAGUUGAGGAACUGCCACCAAGAGAUAGGAUCAAUUGAAUUUGCGGAAUGUAGAGGCAAAAUUUAUGGCUGAACAUGUAGAGAGCCUUGAACUGAAGCUUGCAGGAGCUGAAAGAUUAAAUGAUAAGCUAAGGCUGAUCAGUGAGGAAUUAGUGCAAGCUGAUUCUCGGUGCAUGAUUUUGAUUGAGGAAUUGAAAUAUAAAGAGGAUGAGUUGAAAAAGUCUGACUUGCAAAUAGAGAACCUUGAGACAUCACUUCUAGAUUCACAAUGUGAAAUUGAGAGUUUAAAACUUGACAUUACUUCUCUAGAGCAGAGAUGCAUUGAAGCAGAGAGACUUGGGCAACAACUUGCUGAAGAAAAAACCAGGGUGGACAAGCGGUUGCACAUACUUGAAACUCAGCUUCAGGAGAUGCAACAGAUGAUUAGAUGUUUGGAAAAUGAGAAAAAAACUCUGUUUGAGAGAAAUGCUAAACAAUCUUCCCUUAUUGUUGAACUUGACAAGAGACUGAGGCAUGAUAGCAAAGUGGGUAUCCAUUUAGACAAUCAACUGGAUUGGAGUUUCCUGCUUAAAUUAAGGGAAGAGCUUCCUUCGUCAAGAGACAUGUGCACUUCUGCAGAGAAUUUGGGUCCAUCCUCUGCGAAACUAGCUGCUGUAACAUCUCAAGAUGAACAUGUGAAGACUGAAAUAGAGAAGAUGGCAAAACAAAUUCAUGAAUCUGAUCUUCUAGUCAAUCAGCUUAAGGAAGAACUAAGGGAAGUAAAACUUAAGGCCAAGGAAGAAGCAGAAGAUCUUACUCAAGAAAUGGCUGAAUUGAGAUACCAGUUCACAGACAUGCUCGAAUUAGAAUCCAGACGUCGAGCUCUUGUUGAAGAAGCAUCUAUUAGGAGAGUUCAAGAUGUGGAGGCACAGGUGCAGAAAGAACAACAGAAAUCUAUUACAGCCCUUAGGCACUUCCAGGAAGUAAAUAAACUAGCUGAAAAGCAGUCCAUGGAAAUUAGGAGAUUAAAGACUGCACUGGAGAGGCUCGACCAGGCCCUCGGUUUGGAACCAAGUUUUGAGUCCUGCUCUUCUGGUUGUUGCAAUAUCAAACAGAAUAUUUUGGACACCGAAGCACCCAAGGAGACUGAAGCUUUAGGUGUCGUCUAUGCCAACAAUGAGGUAGAUCACGCUUUAGAGUGGCAUCCUAGUGAAAGCUACUAAUGAUGUUGAGAAGGAUAAGGAUGUUAUCAAGGAAGAUUUAUGAAGGCCGAAAAAGCCCACCACUUGGUCUAAUUAUUGUUAUCAGUGCAGUUUGUAUCUGAAUCUGUGAUGAUAAUGAUCGCUGAUUAUUGUCCUCAUGGGCACAAGGUUUGAAUAUAAUGCUUGCAAAGGACAACAGAUGGUUACUGAGUGCAAAAUCCUACAGAUGGCUUCCUAUCAGCAAAUUGGUUUUGGUCGGGAAGAGGUUAGCAAUUGUUUUUUCUAUUGUUACCUUUUGUGGUGAUGCAUUAUUCUUGAAAAGUGGUUGAUACAACUCAAAUAGGAAAUCUGUUUUGGUAGAAAAUUGUGUUCGUGUUUUGUAUAUCCUGCAAAUGUUGUACAUCUACUUACAUGAAAUGGUAUUUUUAGUUGAGAA